GAGUAGUGGUCUCGCGUUUCCUGGUUUCUUCCGUGCAUUGUGGCGGUGCCAGCUUGACGUCUUCGCCUCUGGCUUCGCUCUGCUUGCAGCUGGUGGUUAUCAGGUGGUUCCCAGUAAGCUCGCACUGUCCGGGCAGCUUGAUGACUACCGCAACUACGUCGGCGUCCGAGUUGCCGUCUUCUUCGUCGAAACUGGACACAGCCGAUAAAUCUGCGAUGUCGACAAAACCCUCCAAGUCGUCGAUGGAAACGGUAUCGCCCAGCAGCAAGGUGUUCCAUUACGGCAUUGAGGAAGUACCCUUCCAGCAGGAACUGAAGUCCAUCAUUGAAGAGAUCCGCUUUGCUGUGGCCGAUGUGGGCAUGUCCGCACUUCCGUCAGACGAACUGGCCAGUUACUUCAAUUUGCAGACAAAAGAGGACAAGCGGAUGUGUGUCAUGAUGUCGCGUCAAGGCUUCCAAGUCGUCGGCAAUGACUACAAUGUUCGGGAUGUUGAAGAUGGGCAGUGUUUCGAGACUGUCAACACCCUGCUAGACUCCAUAAGCCCCACUUACCGGCGUCUCUUCAGUGAAGCAUUGACAAAGAAACUGCAGGAACUGCAGAAGGACGAUCAAAGCAUUGACGAAAUGUCAACAGGUAGCACCGACCUAUAAGUUGUUGCGACGAGACGUGCUUUUCAGCGCUUACCUGUGCCAACUGAACCAUUUUGCAGUUUAAUGACAAAAGACUACGACCUUGGUGCUGUAUUGCAGGUGGUGCAUUUGUGCCAACCAGUGUUUCAUGUAUGUGUGUUCUAGUCAUUUCUGAAUCUCCCCCACAGAUAUAUUUUCGGACACUGCUUGACACAUUCCGGACAAUAUAAUUGUGAAGUAAACAACAAUUUGCUGACCCGUGAGAACUUUACAGAUGUAUAAGGUUUAUUUUAUUAUUUCCAGGUGCUACUACAUGAUAUAAUUCUGAGUUUGUAUGCUUAUUGGCCUUUUGUGCAACUGGAUAAAGUACGCAAAAGCAUCUUGGUGGCAAACGGCACUCGUUAUGUGGUGCUAGCAUUUCGUAUUUGAUAUGCUUGCUUUUCCACAUAAAUGAGCAAUUCGUGCAUUCAAACAUGCAGCACCUCUUCUUAGAUGCAGCAGUCAUCUUCAAAGUAAUUCAAGCAUUGAGAAUUGUCUCCAGAAAUAAAACAUUCAAUGACACAGACUCCUGAUGCAGGGAACAUGUACGCACAACAUUUAUUGACACUUAAAAUCUCUCAAUAUAUGUAUAUAUAAUAUUUAUAUAUUUAUAUAUAAUAUUUAUAUGCGAGUUUUGUUAAACAACCCCUGAGGAUCUUAUCCUUUCUUCAAACUUUGUACAGAGAAGUGAUGAACACAUGGACAUGUUAAAUGAAGUGGAAUAUCUUGCCUUGCA